AUGCGUCAAAUCAAAUAUGCCACAGGGAUACCUCAGAUCUACAAUACAACCAUCAUCAUUGGGGCUUGUAGAGUGAUUCCUCGCGAUGAUGAAGGCAGUGGCUUUGAUACGGACCAAUUUUGGUGGAAUGAUGCCCGCAUGGACCAGAAACGCCUCGCCCAACUCGGUCGCCAUCAAACAUGGCUCAGUCCCCAGAGGACCGACGGUUUUGUCUAUACCUACUCAAGCGAGAUGAUAGGCAGAAUACUUCUGCAUAUCCGAGAGGCAUGUGAUAAAGCAAAGGAAACAUCUCUACCCACCGAGAUCCUCAUUGUCCUCUACGGCCUUGGAAACCCUGCAAUCGGCUGCCAUAUGGAUUGCACCAAGGACUUCCUAGCCCCUGGUGCAAUUAUCACUCCUACGAUGAUUCUUAACGAAUUGCCGCCUGGCCGAGAUGUGACUUUAGCCAUGCGCAUAUUUUCUACAAUUCCCGGGGUCCAUGUCUACUCGUUGCUAGGACCACAGCUUGAUGAACACACGAGGGCUUUUGAAGAUGUCCACAAAACAGCCGCCGCGGACGGAACAUUGAUCAAGCAAGCUUUUAACGAAGGAGACGUCAUGGAUUACCGGAUUUCCAAGGAAGAAGAAAUACUGGAAAAACACCAUCACUACGAGCUUGCGCUCUGGCUCCGACAAGGUCCCAAGGACACAGAUGGUACCACGGUAGUCAAGGACAGAAUACUACAAUUCAUGGACCCGUAUCCUGGGGAGACAGCGUUGCAGUGUCGGGCCAGGGUAGGCUUGUUGGCAACGAUAGUGAACUUUCGGCUGUCAAUGGCAAUCUUGACGGACAACAUGGUUGCCAAAUUCGAGCUCAAACGCCCUCUGGACCAGACUUGCCUCGAGUGGGAGAUGCCUCGGUGGUUCGAACUCCGGGCUAAUCUCACACGCUCACGCUCGAAUGAAUGGUACGAAUUAUUCAAGGAAGAGGAGGAAAUCGAGACCGGGGCCGGAUUGUUGUGGAGUAGAUACACACGAUUCCGCCUUUAUCUACGUGCAGCUCACUUUGAAACAUACUUAGCUGAAGAGAUUAUACAUACACCAGAAAACAUCGAGAGGGUCUUAGCUGACAUCGAGGAUUUUUUCGAUUACAUACUGCACCAGGUCGAGGAAUCGGCCAGCGCCUGCAAAGCAAUUGUUGAAAAGACGAAAGAGGAGUACGGAAAUGAGUCACUGUCGGAAAUAGGUCAAGAUCCAAGCCGUCUUGAGGGCUUGAAAAGUACGUGGCAAGAGCUUUUCGGAAUGACGUAUGAUCAAUGUCUACUGGUCUACCCUCGGGAGUAA